AUGUUUUAUUAUUGGAUUGUUAUUCUUCUCGUUUUAUUCGUACAGCUUUCCUAUUCUAAUGAAAUUAAUUAUGAUAUCGAUGGAAGUGUCGGCAAUGGUUGGGAAUUUGUUCGUGAUUUAUUCAAAGAGAAUUUUAUUAAAGAGCGCGAUUUAGGCGCUCAAUUAGCUAUAUAUCAUCAAGGUGAAUUAGUUGUAGAUUUGUGGGGCGGUUGGUUUGACCGUUCAUAUACAAAACGAUAUGAUAAUAAUACAUUACAAAUAGUGUUUUCAAGUUCAAAAGGCGUUGUUGCAAUCGCUGCUGCAUUGUGCGUUCAACGAGGUUUACUAAGUUAUUCUGAUCUAGUAACUAAAUAUUGGCCUGAAUAUGGAAAAUAUGGCAAAGACAACACAACCGUUGCUGACAUACUAUCACAUCGGGCAGGUCUACCGACGGAUCCAUCUCCAAUAGAGAUCAUGUUUAACUGGACAGCAGUUAUUCAUCAAUUGGAAAAUUCAGCACCUCUAUGGCCUCCUGGAUCGUCUUCUAGUUACCAUGCACUUACCUAUGGAUGGUUGGCUGGUGAACUUAUACGACGUGUCGAUCCAAAGAAACGAUCAGUUGGGCAAUUUAUUCAAGAUGAACUAGCUCGUCCAUUGAAUCUGGAAUUCUAUAUUGGUUUACCAUCAGAACAAGAAUAUCGGGUGUCUCCACUGACCUUCAGUAAAGAAAGUCUUCAAACAUUCAAUGAAACAGUACAAGCAACGUUUGCUUUGUUCAAUUCUCCUCAAGUGCAUGCUACUGAAAUACCAGCAGCGAAUGGCAUCACAAAUGCUCGAUCAUUAGCUCGACUCUAUGCAUCACUCAUGACUGAUUUAGAUAACGGACAGCAAAAACGAUUGUUAAAUCCCGAUAUAUUAAAACAAGCUCUCAAGUUACCUAUGCAAGGAGAGGAAUUGAACAUUUUAUCGAAUAUCAGUGCACCAUUUACUAUGGGUUUUAUGCUAUACAGUUCCCUAUUUACAAUCUUGGGACCCGACACAUUUGGUCAUUCAGGAGCUGGUGGUAGCAUUGGUCUUGCUUUUCCAUCUAAGAAUCUUUCAUUUGCAUUCGUUAUGAAUCAACUUGACCCUUACAUUAUAACUUUUCCACGAAUACAAACAAUACUGGAGAAGACUGUUGAAAAGCUUACUCCUAAAAACGUUCAUUUCAAAUAA